CCCUGCUCGACUUAGAGCAUACAGCCAUUGUCAUUGAGACCGAGAUUGACCCGUCUAGCUGCUUGGAUGCAUUUGUCCAGUUUCGAGGGGUAGGCGCGAUUCCUAUCAUGCGUGGUUGGGACGCAAAUGUGGAUGCAAGGCGUGAAGAGCAGUUCAUGCGCAAGAUGUCAGACAGCCACUCUUUCACAAGGCCGGGACGCUUCUUUCCACCGCCUUUCAGAGUCGAUGGACGCCUAGCUUACGUCGAAGAAGAUCAAAGCGGUGCGGAUUCUCCAGGGCCAAGCAAUUGGCUGGAACGCUCAAAUGACGCACAUCGUCCCAAACGCCAGAGACUACAAUUCACGUCAGAGCUGGCUCCUCCAGUUACCCGUCUGAAUCCGGAUGGCACUGAGAAUGUCGAGUGGGCUCGUUAUCAAAGCGCCCUUCGUCUCAAGAGCAAGUGGGACAGCAUCUAUGAGAAGUUCAAAGACGCCCAUCUGCUGCCCCAGGAUGAGAUCUUUCUCGGAAGCCAGCGCCAUGGGGAGAUGCGCGUUUUGCGGGACAGAGGGAUCCUGCGCGGCCUGAAGAAGGAGAUCAACUUCGGGCAUUUCAUCAAGCUAGAAGAGGCCGCAGAACAGGAGGAGCGUUUGCUGGAUGGAACUUUCGAACCGGUGGAAAGCGAUGAAGAUGAGUUAGGGGGCUGGGGUGACAAGAGCUAUCUCAAGACACAAUAUCGCGAAUUUGAUAAUAUAGUAGAGGAACAAGAGUCACAGGAGGAGGAUCCCGAUCUGCGCGACUUUCUAGAAGCCGAGCGGCGAAGGCGGGAGGUGAUGGGCGAAGAGAGUGAAGUGGAGUUGGAGGGAGAUGCAGAGGAGGAUGACGAGUCCGUCAUUGACUUCACCGAUCCGCACUGGGAUGCGCCAAAGCGCGAGCGCCUUCGCAUGGCACGACAUCGUGCACGGGAGGGGCCGCAUGAAGAUCAGGAGGACGCGGAGAAAGGCACAUACUCGGAUGGGGACACACUGGAUACCCAGAGAUCUUCUUCAGAAUUCGAUAGUGAAGCCGCAAACCGCCUUACGUGGGCCGACUCGAACGAUGAGAUGGAUCUGUUCAACGAUGAUCCUGACAUCAGCGCGUACGACGCGGAAGCUAUAGCAGACCUCAUCCGGGAGCAGAAUGCACAGCUCGCGCUGGAAGGAAAGAUGCUCGUACCAGAAGAAGAAGUAGAUGAAUUCGCCUACUUGCUCACUGGUGGUGGUCCAUCCCAGCAAGCCGGCAGUUUCUCUCCAACUCCAAGCGGGACAACCACGCUCGCAUCCGCUGAAUUGACAGGCUCUCGGCGCGGGACUCACCCACAAGCCACUUCUACCGCGUUCGAAACGCCGAGCAAACCAUUCCAAAUGCCUAUGCUCCUUCCGAAUGGCAACAGUGCACGCCCAACGCCGACCCCCUCGCAGCACAGCGAUUUUUCCAGCACGUCGACCAAAGUCGGCUCCGACCCUGGCUUCAUCAUAGCUCAGAAGCCAUGGAUCGCAAGCUCACCGGGCCUUGCGUCGGAAAGGUUCAAAAGGUCGUCCUCGCGAGCUGGCUCAGACUCAGGAGAUGCCAGCGACGCGACAGUCACGCCUACACGCCCCUUGCGCAAGUCUACCUUACUCAAGCUACAGCAAGAGCAAGCGGACAAGCCUUUCUCUGAUCCAAAGGCAGCCACACCGAAGGCUUCCAUACCGGUCUCGUUCGCUUCACGCAAAAGCACUGCUAUUCGUUCUUCCCCCCGAGCUUGUCUGGAAGAUCAAAGCAAGAUGCUGCCGCCGCGACAAACAGGGCCACCUUUGCGACGCAAAGCAAGAAGCCUUGCCCCUUUGCGGUCACGCGCUCCCAGAACAGCCCGCCAGACUUCGUCCAGCCAUUCUGAUGAAGAGGAUGAAGAGGAAAGUCGGAUCCGUUGGCUCGGCAGAAACAAUCGUCACCUCUCGAGCACGCUCAGCGAAGCAGACGAUGACGAAAAGGGCGAAGAUGCAGCAUGCUUCACAGCUCCGGCAAUAGAGGGCGCCCCAUCGUGCGGCGGGCCCGGCGCUUGCAGCAAAACGUUUUGCAUGAGCUGUGGGAGUUCUCGAUCGACAUUAUCUUCCUUGUUACUCUUGUAGGAUCAUCUUGGCAUAUCCAAUGAUUUUAACACGAUUGCAUCUAUCACUUGAAAUGAAUGCACCUUGUCCUACCUACCGAG